AUGAUGUCCCAAGCGGCCAUGCAGGCCGAGAAGGCUAUUGGCCACGGCGACAAUGCCACGACCGCGCAGGAUGUUACCAAUCCCGCCAACAACCCUGAGUGGGCCAACAAGUCUGGCGAGAAGAUGAAGGCUCUUGCGUGGAUGGGCAAGAACAGUGUCGAGAUCGUCGAGGUUCCCAAGCCUGCGAUCAUCGAGGACCGCGACGUCAUCCUCAAGAUUACUGGAUCCACAGUCUGCGGUUCAGAUCUGCAUCUGCUUCACGGCAGCGUUGUGGAGCUACAGAAGGGUGACAUCCUCGGACACGAGUUCUGCGGUGUCGUAGAUGAGGUCGGCAAGGGUGUUACAAAGUUCAAGAAAGGACAACGUGUCGUCGCAUCAUUCCAGAUCGCCUGCGGUGAGUGCUAUUACUGCAAGCAAAAGCUCUCGUCACAAUGCGAGAAGACCAACGCCAACACGAUCGAGAACGCAAUGUAUGGUGGCCGCACAGCAGGCAUGUUCGGCUACUCCCACUUCACAGGCGGUUUCGCUGGUGGACAGUCAGAAUACACCCGUGUACCAUACGGCGACGUCAACCUUCUUCCCCUCCCCGACAACGUUCCAGAUGAGCAGGGUCUUUUCCUCUCCGACGUUCUGUGCACAUCAUGGCACGCGGUCGUUGACACUGGUGUGAAGAAGGGCGAUGUCGUAGCCAUCUGGGGUGCUGGACCUAUCGGUCAGAUGGCCGCAGAGUUCUCUCUCCUGAAUGGUGCAUCAAGAGUCAUCAUGAUUGACCAGAACUGGAGGCUUGACUUUGUCAAGGAGCGAUACCCCAAUAUUGAAACUCUCGACUUCUCCACUCUCGGAAAAGGCAACUCUGUCACCGCUGCGUUGAAGAAGAUGUGCAACGACCGCGGCCCAGAUGUCAGCAUCGAGUGCGCUGCUGGCGAGUACGCUAAGGGUUGGGCACACUACUUCGAAAUGAUGCUUGGUCUUGAGACCGACACCAGCGAGUUGGUCAACGAGAUGAUCGCCAGCACACGCAACUUCGGUCGCUGCGGUAUCACCGGUGUCUACGUUGGUUUCACCAACCACUUCAACAUCGGUUCGCUCAUGGAGCGCGGUAUCCGCCUCAUCGGCAACGGCCAAGCACCCGUCCACCUAUACUGGGAGUCGCUCCUCAAGAUGAUUCAGGACAAGCAGAUCACUCCCAUGAAGAUGGUUACCCACCGUGUCCGUCUUGAGGAUCUGGCCAACGUCUACUACGCCUUCGACAAGAAGGAGGAUGGCAUGCAGAAGGUCUUUGUUGAGACCAAGUUCUCUUUCCCACCAUGCGAGGGCAGCCCUGAGCUCAAGAGGUUCUAG